UGUGAUAAGUCCCGACCGGCCACACCUCGCAAACAACGAUUCAUAAGAGGAACCUUGGCCACACUCUAUCCCUUUCUUCUCUUCCUACGUACACAUAAAUUCACUCUCCCCAUUUCUCUCGAUCUCUGACUCACUCACUCAUUCCAACGCCAUCCAUCUAAAUACAAUUUCAUUCUCAUCUUCCCUGGCUCUAUCUACUUUUCAUUAUCAUUCCCAAACCCCAUAGUCAUCCCAAAUGGGUAUCCUCUCUUGGUUUAAAGGAGGCAACAAUCCGACUCCCACCGCCGUGAAAACCACCGAAAAGCCCAUCGUUUCGUCGGAAAAACCAACCUCAACCUCAGAAGAAGUUUCGGGAAUGAACGGAGCAGUGGCGGUGACCCGACCCGCUCCAAACAUGGAUGUAACCGUAUUUGAAUUCGGGUCAGUUGCUGUUUCAUCUGAUAAGGUAACUCUUGCUGGAUAUUGUCCUGUUUCUGAUGACCUUGAGCCUUGUCGUUGGGAGAUUUUGCCCGCGAGUGGCUCCGACGCCCCUCAGUUUCGCGUGGUGUUUUGAUUUGAUUUUUAGAUGUUUUUGAGAGUUUGGUUGUUUGAAAUAAGGAGAUGUUUUGUUCGUUGUGUAAUUUUAAUUUAAUUUUAGAAAAUGUUGACAAGGACCAGAUAUGGGUCAGUCAAAUAGUUGGACUAAUUGUUAUAUGUUUUUUUGGCUGAGGUAUCUUGUGGAUUGCUGUUGAUUA